AGCUGGCCUGUCCUGGACAAAGCAUAACUAACGAAGCUGCUGCAGGAUGAGAAGAUGGCAGCACGGCUGCUCGCACCACCAGGCCCUGAUAGUUUCAAGCCUUUCACCCCUGAGUCGCUGGCAAACAUCGAGAGGCGCAUUGCCGAGAGCAAACUCAAGAAACCCCCAAAGGCCGAUGGCAGCCAUCGGGAAGAUGAUGAGGACAGCAAGCCCAAGCCAAACAGUGACCUGGAAGCAGGGAAGAGUUUGCCUUUCAUCUAUGGGGACAUCCCACAAGGCCUGGUUGCGGUUCCCCUGGAGGACUUUGACCCAUACUAUUUGACGCAGAAAACCUUUGUAGUAUUAAACAGAGGGAAAACUCUCUUCAGAUUUAGUGCCACGCCUGCCUUGUACAUUUUAAGUCCUUUUAACCUGCUAAGAAGAAUAGCUAUUAAAAUUUUGAUACAUUCAGUAUUUAGCAUGAUCAUUAUGUGCACUAUUUUGACCAACUGUGUAUUCAUGACUUUUAGCAACCCACCUGAAUGGUCCAAGAAUGUGGAGUACACGUUCACAGGGAUUUAUACGUUUGAAUCAUUAGUGAAAAUUAUUGCAAGAGGUUUCUGCAUAGAUGGCUUUACCUUUUUACGGGAUCCAUGGAACUGGUUAGAUUUCAGUGUCAUCAUGAUGGCGUAUAUAACAGAGUUUGUAAACCUAGGCAAUGUUUCAGCUCUACGCACUUUCAGGGUACUGAGGGCUUUGAAAACUAUUUCGGUAAUCCCAGGCCUGAAGACAAUUGUGGGUGCCCUCAUUCAGUCUGUGAAGAAGCUGUCAGACGUGAUGAUCCUGACAGUGUUCUGCCUGAGUGUUUUUGCCUUGAUCGGACUGCAGCUAUUCAUGGGAAACCUACGGAACAAGUGUGUCGUGUGGCCCAUAAACUUCAACGAAAGCUAUCUUGAAAAUGGCACUAGAGGCUUUGAUUGGGAAGAGUAUAUCAACAAUAAAACCAAUUUUUACAUAGUUCCUGGCAUGCUGGAACCUUUACUCUGUGGAAACAGUUCGGAUGCUGGGCAAUGCCCAGAGGGUUACCAGUGUAUGAAAGCAGGAAGGAAUCCAAACUAUGGCUACACAAGCUUUGACACUUUUAGCUGGGCCUUCUUGGCACUCUUUCGCCUUAUGACCCAGGACUAUUGGGAAAAUUUGUAUCAAUUGACCUUACGAGCAGCUGGGAAAACAUACAUGAUCUUCUUUGUUUUGGUCAUCUUUGUGGGUUCCUUCUAUCUGGUGAACCUUAUCUUGGCUGUGGUGGCCAUGGCUUAUGAAGAACAGAAUCAGGCAACACUGGAAGAGGCAGAGCAAAAAGAGGCUGAGUUCAAAGCAAUGUUGGAGCAACUUAAGAAGCAACAGGAAGAAGCACAGGCUGCUGCAAUGGCCACUUCAGCAGGCACUGUCUCCGAAGAUGCCAUAGAAGAAGAAGGUGAAGAUGGAGUAGGCUCUCCGCGAAGCUCAUCAGAAAUUUCUAAACUCAGUUCAAAGAGUGCCAAGGAAAGACGUAACAGGAGAAAAAAGAAGAAGCAAAAAGAACUUUCUGAAGGAGAGGAGAAAGGAGAUCCUGAGAAGGUGUUUCCAGAAUCAGAAGAUGGUAUGAGGAGAAAAGGCUUCCGGUUGCCUGACAACAGAAUAGGGAGAAAAUUUUCCAUCAUGAAUCAGUCACUGCUCAGCAUUCCUGGUUCCCCGUUCCUCUCCCGCCACAACAGCAAAAGCAGCAUCUUCAGUUUCAGGGGACCUGGGCGGUUCCGAGAUCCCGGCUCAGAGAACGAAUUUGCCGAUGAUGAGCACAGCACGGUGGAGGAGAGCGAGGGCCGCCGGGACUCACUCUUCAUCCCCAUCCGGGCCCGCGAGCGCCGAAGCAGCUACAGCGGCUACAGCGGCUACAGCCAGGGCAGCCGCUCCUCGCGCAUCUUCCCCAGCCUGCGGCGCAGCGUAAAGCGCAACAGCACGGUGGACUGCAAUGGUGUGGUGUCCCUCAUCGGUGGCCCGGGGUCUCACAUCGGCGGGCGUCUUCUGCCAGAGGCUACAACUGAAGUGGAGAUUAAGAAGAGAGGCCCUGGAUCUCUCCUAGUUUCCAUGGAGCAGCUGGCCUCCUAUGGACGAAAGGACAGAAUCAACAGUAUUAUGAGUGUCGUUACAAAUACACUAGUAGAAGAGCUGGAAGAGUCCCAGAGAAAGUGCCCACCAUGCUGGUAUAAAUUUGCUAACACUUUCCUCAUCUGGGAGUGUCAUCCAUACUGGAUAAAACUGAAGGAGAUUGUGAACUUGAUAGUUAUGGACCCUUUUGUGGACUUAGCCAUCACCAUCUGCAUAGUCCUGAAUACACUGUUCAUGGCAAUGGAGCACCAUCCGAUGACACCACAAUUUGAACACGUCUUGGCUGUUGGAAAUCUGGUUUUCACUGGAAUUUUCACAGCGGAAAUGUUCUUGAAGCUCAUAGCCAUGGAUCCCUACUAUUAUUUCCAAGAAGGUUGGAACAUUUUUGACGGAUUUAUUGUCUCCCUCAGUUUAAUGGAACUGGGUCUAGCAGACGUGGAGGGGCUUUCGGUGCUGCGAUCUUUCCGAUUGCUCCGAGUCUUCAAACUGGCCAAAUCCUGGCCAACCUUGAACAUGCUGAUCAAGAUUAUUGGCAACUCAGUGGGUGCUCUGGGCAACCUGACCUUAGUGCUGGCCAUUAUUGUCUUCAUCUUUGCCGUGGUGGGGAUGCAGCUGUUUGGAAAGAACUACAAAGAGUGUGUCUGCAAGAUCAACCAAGGCUGUGAACUCCCUCGCUGGCACAUGCAUGACUUUUUCCACUCCUUCCUCAUUGUCUUUCGGGUAUUGUGUGGAGAGUGGAUCGAGACCAUGUGGGACUGCAUGGAGGUGGCAGGCCAGGCCAUGUGCCUCAUUGUCUUUAUGAUGGUCAUGGUUAUUGGCAACUUAGUGGUGCUGAACCUGUUUCUGGCCUUGCUUCUAAGCUCCUUCAGUGCAGACAACCUGGCAGCUACAGACGAUGAUGGAGAAAUGAACAAUCUGCAGAUCUCGGUUAUCCGGAUCAAGAAGGGUGUGGCUUGGACCAAAAUAAAAGUGCAUGCCUUCAUGCAGACCCACUUCAAGCAGCGUGAGGCUGAUGAAGUGAAACCUCUGGAUGAGCUGUAUGAAAAGAAGGCCAACUGCAUUGCCAACCAUACAGGUGCAGACAUCCACCGGAAUGGCGACUUCCAGAAGAAUGGCAAUGGCACAACCAGUGGCAUUGGCAGCAGCGUUGAGAAGUACAUCAUUGAUGAGGACCACAUGUCCUUCAUCAACAACCCCAACCUGACUGUGCGGGUACCCAUUGCGGUUGGCGAGUCUGAUUUUGAAAACCUCAACACAGAAGACGUUAGCAGCGAGUCAGAUCCUGAAGGCAGCAAAGAUAAACUGGAUGACACUAGCUCUUCUGAGGGAAGUACCAUCGAUAUCAAACCAGAAGUAGAAGAGGUCCCUGUGGAGCAGCCUGAGGAAUACCUAGAUCCAGAUGCCUGCUUCACAGAAGGUUGUGUCCAGCGGUUCAAGUGCUGCCAGGUCAACAUUGAGGAAGGGCUAGGCAAGUCCUGGUGGAUUCUACGGAAAACCUGCUUCCUCAUUGUGGAGCACAAUUGGUUUGAGACCUUCAUCAUCUUCAUGAUCCUACUCAGCAGUGGCGCCCUGGCCUUUGAGGACAUCUACAUUGAGCAGAGGAAGACCAUUCGUACCAUCCUGGAUUAUGCUGACAAAGUCUUCACCUAUAUCUUCAUCCUGGAGAUGUUGCUUAAAUGGACAGCCUAUGGCUUCGUCAAAUUCUUCACCAAUGCCUGGUGCUGGCUGGACUUCCUCAUUGUGGCUGUCUCUUUAGUCAGCCUUAUAGCUAAUGCCCUGGGCUACUCGGAACUAGGUGCCAUAAAGUCCCUUAGGACCCUAAGAGCUUUGAGACCCUUAAGAGCCUUAUCACGAUUUGAAGGGAUGAGGGUGGUGGUGAAUGCCUUGGUGGGCGCCAUCCCCUCCAUCAUGAAUGUACUGCUGGUGUGUCUCAUCUUCUGGCUGAUUUUCAGCAUCAUGGGAGUUAACCUGUUUGCGGGAAAGUACCACUACUGUUUUAAUGAGACUUCUGAAAUUCGAUUUGAAAUUGAAGAUGUCAACAAUAAAACUGAGUGUGAAAAGCUCAUGGAAGGGAACAAUACAGAAAUCAGGUGGAAGAACGUAAAGAUCAACUUUGACAACGUUGGGGCAGGAUAUUUGGCCCUUCUUCAAGUGGCAACCUUUAAAGGCUGGAUGGACAUCAUGUAUGCAGCUGUAGAUUCCCGGAAGCCUGAAGAGCAGCCCAAGUAUGAGGACAACAUCUACAUGUACAUCUACUUUGUCAUCUUCAUCAUCUUCGGCUCCUUCUUCACCCUGAACCUGUUCAUUGGUGUCAUCAUUGAUAACUUCAAUCAACAAAAGAAAAAGUUUGGAGGUCAGGACAUCUUCAUGACUGAAGAACAGAAGAAGUACUACAAUGCCAUGAAGAAGUUGGGCUCAAAGAAACCACAGAAACCCAUUCCCCGCCCCCUGAACAAAAUCCAGGGUAUUGUCUUCGAUUUUGUCACUCAGCAAGCCUUUGACAUUGUUAUCAUGAUGCUCAUCUGCCUUAACAUGGUAACAAUGAUGGUGGAGACAGAUACUCAGAGUAAGCAAAUGGAGAACAUUCUAUACUGGAUUAACCUUGUCUUCGUCAUCUUCUUCACCUGUGAGUGUGUGCUGAAAAUGUUUGCCUUGAGGCAUUACUACUUCACCAUUGGCUGGAACAUCUUCGACUUCGUGGUGGUCAUCCUCUCCAUUGUGGGGAUGUUCCUGGCUGAUAUGAUUGAGAAAUACUUUGUUUCCCCAACCCUAUUCCGAGUCAUCCGAUUGGCCCGUAUUGGGCGCAUCUUGCGUCUGAUCAAAGGUGCCAAAGGGAUUCGUACCCUGCUCUUUGCCUUAAUGAUGUCCUUGCCUGCCUUGUUCAACAUCGGCCUUCUUCUCUUCCUGGUCAUGUUCAUCUUCUCCAUCUUUGGGAUGUCCAACUUCGCGUAUGUGAAGCAUGAGGCUGGCAUAGAUGACAUGUUCAAUUUUGAGACCUUUGGCAACAGCAUGAUCUGCUUGUUUCAGAUCACCACCUCAGCUGGUUGGGAUGGCCUGCUGCUGCCCAUCCUAAACCGCCCCCCUGACUGCAGUCUGGAUAAGGAGCAUCCAGGGAGUGGCUUUAAGGGAGACUGCGGGAACCCCUCUGUGGGCAUCUUCUUCUUUGUAAGCUACAUCAUCAUCUCCUUCCUGAUUGUUGUGAACAUGUACAUUGCUAUCAUCUUGGAGAACUUCAGCGUGGCCACUGAAGAGAGUGCAGACCCUCUGAGUGAGGAUGACUUUGAGACAUUCUAUGAGAUCUGGGAGAAGUUUGACCCCGACGCCACCCAGUUCAUUGAGUACUGUAAGCUGGCAGACUUUGCAGAUGCCUUGGAGCACCCUCUCCGUGUGCCCAAGCCCAACACCAUCGAGCUCAUUGCCAUGGAUCUGCCAAUGGUGAGUGGGGAUCGCAUCCACUGCUUGGACAUCCUUUUUGCCUUCACCAAGCGGGUCCUGGGAGAUAGUGGGGAGUUGGACAUCCUUCGGCAACAGAUGGAGGAGCGGUUCGUGGCAUCUAAUCCUUCCAAAGUGUCUUACGAGCCAAUCACAACCACGUUGCGGCGCAAGCAGGAGGAGGUGUCUGCAGUGGUCCUGCAGCGCGCCUACCGGGGACAUUUAGCCAGGCGGGGCUUCAUCUGCAAAAAGACCACUUCUAAUAAGUUGGAGAACGGAGUCACACACCAGGAGAAGAAAGAGAGUACCCCAUCUACAGCCUCCCUCCCAUCCUAUGACAGUGUAACCAAACCUGAAAAGGAGAAACAGCAACGGGCAGAGGAAGGAAGAAGGGAAAGAGCCAAAAGACAAAAAGAGGUCAGAGAAUCCAAGUGUUAGAGGAAAGUCAGAAUUAAAUAUUGUACAGAUUUAAAACUUGCAAGUGAAAGAUUGUUUACAAACUUCCUAAAUAUUAUCAAUGCAGAACAGCUGUGGAGACACUUUAACCUGAAGAUCUAUACCAAACGUAGUCUGCUUACCAUGUAACACAGUUGCAUCUUGAGCAGUGACCUGCCAAGGGCAAAGGACCCUGCUCCCUGGACUCACGGAUUUUCUAAUGCUUGGGCAGGUGGUUACUGCAUGUUCCACAUCAGUCAAUGCAAUUAGGACAAACCUAACAGGAUACAAAAAACAGAGGAGAGGCUGCCGGGACCAGCAUAUUUCCGUUGCAGCCAAGUGGAUUUUAUUUUUUAAUUUUGUUGAUUCUCAGAAGCAGAAAGCAUCACUUGAAAAGUUUGUUUGUUCAUGCAAACUAUAUUUGCAUUAUUAGUUAAGCUAAGCAGCAAAAAGAAAACACACACACACACACACUCUCUCUCUCUUUCACAUUUAGCCCAUGUCAUUUAAUUGUCAGUUUCUUUGAUAUAAACCGCGUCUUCUCCACAUGGGCUUCACGUGGUUUGGAGAUGGGUGGGGAACCAAUCAGGUUUCUUCAGGCUGAGGAGGACUUGUUCAGGCCAAUUCCAAACAUUGUGCUCGUUCGUUUGCUGCGUAGAAACGAUCUGCAUGAUGGCAUGCUGUGAUCAGAAGUCAUGCAUGAGAACCAUACACCACAGGACACUACUAAGCCUGUCCCCUGCACUGGGUCAGCCUUUGGACAGGACCCAGCCCUGCACCGUUCACUGUAUUUGGAGAAAAUGGUAAGAAUUCCAUACCCGCUGCAAUUCUUUAUGAAUUCUUAAAAGUCAUUCACACACCUUCUGGGUAGGGAAACAUAACCAACCAACUAAUUGACCACCACCAACAACAAAACAAACCCAAACCAACAAGCAGAUGGAUCCGUUGUGUGUAUAUGUUUAACAGACAUCUCUAACAUUCAGCCAUUGUUGCACAUUUUGAAAGAUGAACUACUUAAUGCUGCUCUGUGUCCCAUACAUGGGGAGACUUCAAUCCCUAAUGGCUUGUAUUAAUAAUGUCACUGUAAAACCAAAUCCUAGGGCUAAAAUCAAAACAAAAAGUUCAUUUGUAUCUUGCAAUAUUUACGAUGAUUGUUUAGCCUUCAUACUGGAGUACUGACACUUAUUUGGGGUAGAGAUGAAAGUGCUAUUCAAAGUAGCAUAGUGUCUCUAGGGGAUAAUUUGGGAAACUUAAAACAGCCUUUUGUUGGGGUUAAGGAGUGCUCACUUCAUUUACUCUCAUCUUCUGCCUUGUGGCUUUCUUGGGGCUUGAGUCAGUACAGAGAGGGGUUCGGAUAUUUUGAACUGGCUCUCGCUUCUGCAGAGGAGUGUCGCAAGCUCACACACUGCAUUCUUCCUCUUGCCGCCAUCACAUCUUCCCACCAAGCAGGGCUUCCCUUGCCCAUAGAGGUGGGAGAGGCCAGCAGCACUAGGACUAUGGCUGUAGUUUCUUUCAUUUAUUAUUAGAACAAUAGUCACUGGGGGAACCUGAGGUCGAAAUGGAGCUGUCUUGAACCCAGCCCACUUGGUUUCUGCACUGUGCUGGGUUUUAUGAGAAAGUCAUCUCAUAUGAACUCCUCAGGAUGUUCUAGCUUCCCCCAGCACAUCCCUUGUCAGCCAGUGUUGCUCUCUGCUGAGCAAACUGCCCAUUGUCACUGUAAGGUGGCUUUUGGGGGGACAUCGUAUGUUCCAUUCCAUCUCUUGCUUUAGAAAAGACCGUUUUUAGUCCAGGGGUUUCUCAUCAGCUGACUAGGUUUCAAAGCAGAGAUGCUGCAGUUGACUUUAUCAGGAUGUCUAAAGUAUGAGGAGAUACUUUAGCAUGUGAACCAAAUCUAAGUAAAUGCUUCCAGAAUCAUAAAAUUGAGGGGGUUAAAACUCUCACACACACAUACAACAACGAACAUCCCAUAAUCAGACACACCAACCUGCCUGGGUAUAAUUAAUUUCACCAUCCACCUGACUAGUUCUGCGGUCAAUAACCAGAGCUUUCCAUGUUGUUGGACCAUUACAAUCUCUGUCCAGCUCUCUUAAGCCUGCUUCUGCAGCACCAUCCGUAGAGCAUUUGUACUACCCCCGAUUCUUGGAUUGGGAAGGCAUUUCUCUCGGUGGCCUGCUAACUGCUAGGAUGGAUGUAGAGUCACAUGUACGGGCUACAUUGUAAACAGCACAAAACAGAAGCUGACGUGUGGUUAUCCUUUUUAAGAGAAUUAUAAAUACUGUAAUAUAUAAUUUUAUUUUAUUGGCAUGCCUUUUUGUAAAUAACAAAUUAUUAACUUAUUAAAUAGGAAAUGGCUUCUGGCUUAUGCCAUUGUCAUGUUUAUUUUUAUUUUUUAUACUUUUCUUUCUUCUUAGAACUUAGAUGCUGUCAGCCAAUGUACAUCCCCAAACCAGACAGACAGACAAAAAAUUUUUUAUUGCUAAUGGUCUUUUCCAAAACAACAAAAUAUAUAUAUUUUUGUUCCAAUGUGCAAUAAAUUCUAACCACGUCUAUGCAAGAUUUGGCCAAACUUAAUAGUUGUUCUUAGGUCUUGAGAUGGGCAACAGAGCCACCCGGUCCCGCCUGGUACACCAAGUGCUCGUGCAAAUGAUGCCCUUAAGCUGCCAGAGCAUCUUAAUGAGAUUUUUAGGAGAGCUGACCUUUUUCCCUCCUUCAGAUCCCACUCCCAGCGCAACAAGCUACUGGUAAUACACGUGCCCUGGUAUCUGACACCAUCAGCCAGCUUCAUGGCAAAGAAGCCACCUCCACUCUAUUUGAAGUUUCACUUUUGCUUUUUAACUUUUCCCACUGUCUUUUCCUUCACCCACUCUCCCUGAACCACUCACUCAUUCACCCGCCCUGUUCCACACUUCUUUGGUAGUAAAUGACACCAUCACCAGCAGUUUAGACCUGCAGUUAACAGGCAUUGAACUGAAAGAAUCAAUGAUGGCGUUCUUGUACGUCUGCACCGAGUGGGCGAGUGGCAACGCUUUGCCAAAUAUUAACGAAGCCAAUCAAAAAGCAGCAGCAGCCACAGUAUCACUGCACAUAUAUAUAUACAUAUAUAUAAAUAUAAUAUAAAUAUUUAUUUUUUGUAGCCAGGUCCUUGGUGCAGUAUUUAUAUACUCCACAAUCCACCUUUAACAGAGGACUAAAAACAAAAAGACAGUGUGUGAUGCUGUUCAUUUCAAAUACAGAGCCAAAGCCACUGAGCAGCAGCUAACAUGGUUGCUGGUAUGUGUGAAAAACACUUUUCUCCCCUCCUCUUUCCUGAACCUUGGUACUGAGGAUGAGGAGGCUCCAUCAGCUAAAGCAGAGGGUGAAGCAGGACAAGCGUCCUGAGUUGAUGUGGCCUCUUUCACUCCUCUGGAAGUGAGCCACUUUUGGUGUCAGGAGUUGACUGGGGAGAAAUAAACUCCCAGUCAAAGCCCCUGGAACAACAGUGCCCCAAGUUCUGUUCUUUGUUCGCCGCAACCAAUGUAAACCUGUAGAAGACCAAUAGUGAAGAUUAGUGUAUUAGUGGCUGCAUGGAGACCCAACGCUGCUCUAAAUGAGACGUGAUUUAAAAGUACACCACUACUAUAAGCCACAAGGAAAUAAAAUAAAAACUACCCUUCUUACUGCACAAGGGAAGCCUGUCUUGGUGUGUGUUUGUUGUUUGACGAUGCCAAUUCUUGAAUUUUGGGGUGGGGUCUGGGAAUUGGGACCUUAGCACCUGCGGGGAAUGGAAGGGAGAGAAGUCAGAGGCUUACUGGCAGAGUUCUGGCUGGAAAUGUGACAUGGGUGAGGAAAGAAGGCCCUACCCUGCCUAGAUCCCCACUCACCCAUUGCAUGUGGCAUUCCUUCCAAUUCUGGGCCAGUGCUCUGAGACCCCCUACCACUUCUUCCCCACCAACCUACCUGGCAGAGCCCCCAGAGAUCAUGUUCGCCAGCCCAGCUCCACUGGCCAGACUUCUGCCUUCUUCAGCAGGAUGUUAAGGAAAAAAAACCCACCCAGUGCCCCAAAGCUGGUGCACAAUGCCCAACAGCCUCCAUUCUAGCUAAUGCUGGGUCUUGCCCUCCAUCACCCUCACAGAAUAGACCAGCAGAUAAGGGCUGGUCUGGUUCACAUUAUUGUAGGGGAGGGGGUAUCCUCUCCUCCCCUCUUCCUGACCCCUUUGGGGACAUCCCUCUCUAGGCCAUGUCUCCUGGUCCAGCAACACUCUCAGGAGGAUCUUGAAGUGCCCACUCGAGUCUACUCCAGUAACUGCACUCUGGAGAGAGAUGGCUGGUAGGUCAGUCCUCAUCCUCCUCCCUCAGCCUCCAGCCUCCAGGCUUGCUACGGAGGUGAGAUCGCCAUGGGUUAUGACUAUGUGACAUGAGUCUGGGCAUCUUCUAUAAUGAUGCCUCUUCCUUUUCUCAGAUGUUGCCCAAAGUUUUGCAAAAAGCUUUGUUCAUUUUCAGGUACCCCUGCCCCCUAAAGAAUUGGCUGCAACAAGCCAGCUUGCGGGGGGGAGGGGGGUGCACAUCAGGAGAGAAGAGAAAGUCUGGGUUUGGAGGGACCCAAGGUUUGCACCAGAGCCAGCGUUGUUCUGUUCUGUGCUUUCUUGGAUUCUCUUUCCAAGGUUACCAAGAUUUCCUCUGUUAAAACACUCCUGAGGCACCCCCUACCCCUACCCCCCACUGCUGUUUGCUGUACAUAAAGGCUAAGUGGGGUGGGGUGGGCGGGUGUGCACGUGUGAUGUGUGUGCGUGUGAAGAAUGUAUAUAGGUAAAGGGGAGUGUGGUCCAGCGGUUCCAGAAAAGGGACAGGACUCCUGUGUUCCAUCCCCAGCUCAACCGCUGGCUCACUGUGUGGCCUUGGGCAAGUCACUUAACCUCUCUGUGCCUCAGUUACCCCAUCUGUAAAAUGGGGAUAAUAAUACUGACCUACCUCACAGGGGUGUUGUGAGGCUUUAAUUAAAUGUUUUGUAAAGCGUUUUGAGAUACAGAGGCAAAGGCGCUAGGGAAGGGCAAAGUCUUAUUUGAACUUAAGGAAGCUGAAAUGGUACCAUAAAUGCUGCUAUUCUGAGAGCCAUUUUAAACUGCACUGCUCCAACCACCCCCGCUUCUCAUCACCAGGACAGCAGGUCGAGAAAAUGUCUUUCCUUUCACUUGCUUCUGGGGUUUGUGAUUAUUCUAGACAUUUUGUUUUCCUCUUGCUGUAUUUCCUUCCCUCAACCCCCUCGACUUGUUCCCUGUUCCGUUUAUGCGGAAAUGGCGGAAAUGCUUAAGAAAUGAGAAUGUAUAAGUGGGUUGGAAGUUUAUAGUCUGAAAUUUCAAUUUUACUUUGUACUGUACAUCUUUUUACUUUAGAAUUUGCAAUAAAGGGUUACGUCAAUCUUGUUUUCAAGUCUC